CGACCUCGCCCGCAACCAGGAUGGCUUCCACUCGCGCUGCACCUCCUAUCAAGCUCAACAACCCCUCGCUCUGGGUCACCGAGGGCGGCUUCAUCAACGGCAAGUUCACAAAGGGCACGGGCACCGGCACCUUUGAUGUCAUCAACCCGGGCAACGGCAAGGUCCUCGGCUCGCUGCCAGAGAUGACGGUCGCCGACACCAAGGAGGCGAUCCAGCACGCCGCGACGGCCCUCAAGAGCUGGCGCAAGACGAGCGAGUACGAGCGCGCCGCCAUCCUCCAGAAGAUCUUCCAGUUGCAGAUGGACAACGCCGAGGACCUCGCGCAGAUCAUCACGGCGGAGAACGGCAAGCCUCUGGCCGACGCUCGCGGCGAGAUCUCCUACGGCGGCAGCUACUUCUCGUGGUACGCCGGCGAGGUCGUCCGCAACUAUGGCGACGUCAUCCCGUCGCUCGUCAAGGGCGUCCAGAACACGACCCUCAAGCAGCCGAUCGGUGUCUGCGCCAUCAUCACCCCGUGGAACUUCCCCAACGCCAUGGUGACGCGCAAGCUCGCGGCCGCGCUCGCUGCGGGCAACACGGUCGUGCUCAAGGCGCCCUCGGAGACGCCCUACUCGGCGCUCGCGCUCGCCGAGAUCCUGCGCCAGGCCGGCGUCCCCGAAGGCGUCUUCAACGUCGUCCUCACCGAGAAUGACACGCCCGCGAUCGGCAAAGAGCUGUGCGAGAACCCGACGAUCCACAAGCUGUCGUUCACGGGCUCGACCCGGGUCGGCAAGAUCCUCAUGAGCCAGGCGAGCGGCACGCUCAAAAAGCUCUCGUUCGAGCUCGGCGGCAACGCGCCGUUCAUCGUCUUUGACGACGCCGACCUCGACAAGGCUGUCGCGGGCGCCGUCGCGUGCAAGUUCCGCUCGUCGGGCCAGACGUGCGUGUGCGGCAAUCGCCUCCUCGUCCAGGACGGCAUCUACGACCAGUUUGCCAAAAAGCUCGUCGAGGCCGUCAAGGCGUUCAAAGUCGGCCAGGGCGCCCACGACGGCAUCACGCACGGGCCCUUGAUCCAUCAGGCGGCCGUCAACAAGGUCCAGGACCACGUCGACGACGCCGUCGCAAAGGGCGCCAAGGUCCUCGUCGGCGGCAAAAAGAUGUCGGUCGACGGCUACUUUUACGAGCCGACCGUGCUCGGUGACGUGCAGGAGUGCGCCAUCGACCAGGAGGAGACGUUUGGCCCGCUCGCGCCGCUGUACAGGUUCAAGACGGAGGAGGAGGCGAUCGAGAGGGCCAACGACACCGAGGUUGGCCUUGCUGGGUACUUCUUCACCGAGAACAUCGCGCGCGUGCACCGUGUCUCGGCGGCGCUCGAGGUCGGCAUGGUCGGCGUCAACACGGGCCUGAUCUCGCAGGCCGGCGUGCCGUUCGGCGGCGUCAAGGAGUCCGGGUUCGGCCGCGAGGGCUCCAAGUACGGCCUCCAGGACUGGCAGCAGAUCAAGCUCGUCGCGCUCGGCGGCCUCUAGAGCUGAGUGGGCGUGGGCGGGCGAGUAGACAGGGGGCGCGGUCGGGACCAGCAGUACUUUUUCCCCUCUCGUCGCAAGGGCCAUGUUGUACACCGCUC